GGCGGGAAGUUUAGGGAAGUUCUCUCUCUGCCUCCGGCAACAGCGGCAGGUGGUGGUUCUGUUGCCGGGAGGCGCAUCGCAGCUAACCUGCCGCACGCGGAAGUUCAGCCGCCUCGAGCACCCAGGCUGGAAUCAGAACUAGAGACCGCGGGGUCUGAAAGGGCGCCUCAGAACAGUAUUUGGCGGAGCGGCUCCCUCCGGCACAGACCCUGAAGUUUGGUUAGCCGGCGAGGGCGCCUCAGAUCCGAGCUAGGAGCGCUCGUCUCCUCAGCCUGUUGCACGAGAGGAGCGCCGACCUCUCUCCGCCAUGCCGGAUGAAAUUCCACUGAUACCUCUAUCCCCUUUGGAAGGUUAUGAAGGACUGAUACCAUUCCCUAGGAAAUGGGAUUUUGUCCUAGUCUGUGAUGAUCACAGCCCGUACAGUGAGAAAGAUUGCAAGAAAAAGAAGUUUCUGGAAGAACUGCACAAGAAAGGGUUCAUUAUCAAGAUGAUUAAGGACCAAAAGCUCUUUUAUGGAGUUCAUGCACCAAGUGGAAUCUUCCGAAAAUACCAGUGGCUUCUGAGUAAUCCUGAUAAUGAAUCGGGGCUUCUGCUUCCACAGCAACUAGAUUACCAAGAGACAGCACUCACUUCAGCAAGGAUACGUAUUGUGAGCUUUAUCCUGCAAAACACAGAACUUCAGGGUACCGAAGAGAAGCUUCAUGACCUGAUGAAGAAGAAAGUGUUCGAAACUGCAUUCCCUUUACAUGAGAGAGGAAAUCUGGGUAGUUUUCUGGAACUGAAUUGGGCUCGAUGGAGACAAAUCCUCUGUAGGCAACCAAUUGAAGAAAUCAGAAUAUAUUUUGGGGAGAAAAUUGCCCUUUAUUAUGCUUGGCUGGGCUGGUAUACACACAUCCUGUUAGCAGCUACUGUGGCAGGUAUUAUGCCGUUCAUCUAUGGCUUCAUCACUUUCAGUUCCAAUCAAGUCAGUAAAGAAAUCUGUGAGGCCAACACUACCAUCAUGUGUCCACUCUGUGACAAGAAGUGCCCAUUUUGGAUUUUAUCAGAUACUUGCACAUAUGCCAAGAUCACACAUUUGUUUGACAAUGAAGGGACAGUUCUGUUUGCAGUGUUCAUGGCUGUCUGGGCCACUGUAUUUUUGGAGCUGUGGAAGAGAAAGAGAGCUACAGUUGUCAGUGGUUGGAAUAUGUAUCAGUGGGAUGAAGAAGAGGAGGAAGUGGCUUUGGAGCUAAUCAAUAACCCUGAAAAUGCCUCCCAGGAGUAUCAACAUUCAUACAUCUGCAGUAGUAUUGUGCUUAUUUUAGUUCUCAUUAUGAUCUGCGUGCUGAUCGGCAUUGCCCAUGCUUUAGUCAUCUACCGGGUUGUGGUAACAGUAAUCUUUACUCAGUCCAACUCAGAAUUCCUUCAAGAGCAAGCCACUACUGUGGCAGUCCUGACAGGUGCAGUGUUGCACUACUUGAGCAUCGUAAUUAUGAGCAAGGUGAACAGGUAUAUUGCACGGUUUCUCUGUGACCUAGAGAAGCCAAGAUCAUUCAGCGAGCGAGAAAAAAACUAUACAAUUAAAGUCUUCAUCUUCCAGUUUGUCACCUACUUCUCUUCUCUGACCUACGUUGCUUUCUUCCUAGGGAGGAUUAAUGGCCGUCCAGGGUCUUAUGUACGUGUGUCUGGCAAAUGGAGACUGGAAGAAUGCCAUCCUAGUGGCUGCAUUACAGACCUUUUCAUUCAGAUGGCUGUAAUUAUGACAUUAAAGCAAACCCUCAGCAACCUUGUGGAGUACCUGCUUCCCUGGAUAACCUACAAGUACCGUCUGCUGUGCAGAAAGCCCCAAAGGAUUAAUAUGGAGCAGACGUCCCAGGACCUGUGCAAGGAGGAAUGGCUAUGGAACUAUCAGCUCAAUGAAGUCGAUGUCUUCACUUUGUGUGAUGAAUAUAUGGAUAUGAUGAUCCAGUACAGUUUCACCACUAUUUUUGUGGCCGCUUUCCCCCUUGCACCAUUUCUGGCCUUUGUCAAUAACCUGAUUGAAAUUCGGUUGGAUGCUAUCAAAAUGGUGAAACUGAAGAAGCGAAUGGUGCCCAAGAAAGCUAACAGCAUUGGUAUCUGGUACUAUAUCCUAGAAGCAAUUGGUAUACUGGCUGUCAUUGGCAAUGGCCUAGUUAUUGCCAUCACCUCAGAUUUCAUCCCCAUGCAGAUGUACAAAUAUACAUUCAGCCCAUGCAAGCAGAAGAACUAUACUGGCAUUGACUGUUUGACAGGUUAUAUCAACCACAGCCUUUCAGUGUUCAACGUCCAGCACUUUGAACAUACUGUGAAUCCGGCGGACCUUAAGGACCCAAUGGGGAAUAAGAUAACCCACUGCAGGUACCCAAACUACAGGAACAGUGAUGACUACAGUCAUUCUACUGAGUUUUGGUAUAUAUUUGCUGCACGUUUUGCCUUUCUAUUUGUAUUUGAGCAUGUGGUUCUUUGCAUUAAACUAAUUGCAGCAUGGCUUGUACCUGAUGACCCCAGAAAGGUUAAAAAUGGGAAUCUGAAAGAAAAACGUAGGAAGCUGUUGCUAAAGCUCAGAGCAAUGGACAAUUCCACAGAAGUAUAGUAAAAACGGUGGAUAUAUCACAGGAAUAGAAACUAGCAAAAUGGUGCUAUAUGCUUUGAAGACGCCAGCAGAAACCUGCAGCCCUGCUUGGUCUAUUACUUACACUGUUCUUGGACUUCAUACCUCUUCACCGAAAUAGCUUUGGGUGGUAUGGUUGCUUUGAAAUGUCAGUGUUUUUAGGUGAAAUUAGACCAGGUAAGGAAAACAAUGCCAGGUGACAAAGCAAACAGUACCACAUGACAUGGUCAAUGUAAUACUGCAUUGCAGAAGGGCUAGAAGCAUUUUCAAAUGUUCCAUAUUCUUCUGUAAGAAGCUGCAGUCAGUAAAUCAUUUGUGACUUCUGCUGUCAUGCUAACAUCUAAACAAACAUGCUGCAUACCUCAGUAACUCAGGCCAAUAAGCCAGUACUAUAGGUAAUACCUGAACAGUCUCUCAGUUCAUGUAGAAUAUCAGUAGCUUAUAUUCUUUAUUUGCUGAUGCUCCUUGGUUAGGGUAAAAAUAUACUGUUUGUGUAACAGAGUCCUUAGCCAAAGACACUAAUGUGUAGUACAGCCAGUCUUCCCUCCUUACAAAUAAUCCCAAACUGCUCUUUA